CUCUCUCUUCUCUCUCUCUCUCUCCACCAUCUUUCGUUCGAUCAAUUUGUUGCUCAGAGGAGGGCUUGGGGUGUCGUUUUCUUCGGAUUUUUGCCGACCAAGCGGAGACUGUCAAAGGGAGAGAGAGCUCCGGUUAUCUGUAACGCCUCUUUUCAUGGGAAGAAACUGUUAACUGAGAUUUCGAGCAGGUACAUUCGCUCGAUUCAUCGAUCCUUUUAUCUAUCUACGAGAUGGUCUGAAAUCAUGUCUGCAUCAAUCAUAAUCCUCAACUAAAAAAAUCAUCAGAAAGAAACUUCAACCGAUAUAGUAUGUCAGGUCCAGGGAAGAGCCAAGUGCCAAGCUACAUGGAUUCAUCUUCUGAUAGGGACCCGCCUGCUGUUGGUAGAAGCGGUCGUACUUUUCGUGGCUGGGACUUUGGUCACUCUAGCUCGAGUUCAAAUUUACAGAACCAUGAAUUUGGUGAUGAAUUCAUAAGGGAAAGUGGGCAACCUUAUUCGAGUGGCAGUUAUGUAGGCGCGGAGAGAAGGAUGGAAGAAAGGUUAUUUGAACCAUCUAAUCAGUUUGAUGGUAGAUCUUUAAUGUUCCGGAAUCCUACUAUAAACUUGAACGCUGAAGAAAAUUUUGAGAGUCAUGAUAUUGGGCUGGGGAUGGGUGUGGGUCCUGGCCAUAACCUCUAUAAGUUUGGAAGACAAGAGACAGGUCAUGGAUCAAAUACUGAUACUUCUUCAAUGGACAAUGUGGGAACCUCAUCUGGUAACCCUGGCUACUUUGUUGAGAAUGAUCCUGGAUCAGGUUCUUCUUUAGGUAAUUGGGGUUCGUCAUGCAAAAGAAAGGCUUUUGAAGGUAGCUCUGGUCAUUAUCAAGCCGGAAGCUCAAGCUACUUCCAACAAGGCCAUAACAUUCCUCCUCAUUAUGGUGCUUCUAGUUCCUUAAAUAUAUCAUCAUCUCCAGCAAAUCCACCAGUUAUUAAUCCGGAACACCUACAGUAUGGAAAUCCGAUUGGUCCUCAAAUUACAGAAAGCUCCUCAAGAAACUUUUGCUCUAGACUGGAUAUGGGGAAUAAUCAUCACGUUUCAUCUACUGAUCUGGACCCUAGGCCAAAUCCUUUACUGGCAUCCAGUUCAACCAAUCGUCCAAAUCAAUACCACCGUUCAGAAAAUAUCCCAGAUAUUUCAAGAACCACGCCUGCUUUCCCCAUCUGGAAUGGUAGUUCUCUUAUGAGUGCUGCUGGAGAGAGAGGUUUUGAAGAAAACUUUCUCGACCCUUCCAGAAACAGUAGGGAGCGCCCAUUUUUUCCACAUGGGACUGGUUUAAGAAUUAUGGACGAAGACACAAACAAUAGUAGGAAUGCAUCAAUUGGAAACUUAAGCAGUUCUUCAGGUAUUCCGUCUGGUUCUCGAAAUUACUCCAACCCUUUGCCAAGCCCUUGGAAUUCCCAUCAUAAUUCACCACCACAAGGUCAAAGGUUAUCGGAGAUGACUCCUUGGUCUCUAUUUCCGCAUGUUGACUCUGAUUCUGGGGCCCGGAGAGGUCAAAUGCCUCAAUUGCGUCCAGGACCUUCAGUGAUGCAAGAAACUGGAAUGGGUUCUGGAUCUAAUCAUGGUCAUCGUUCAUCAUUGCACCCGAGGACAAGUGCAUGGUUGAUGGAGGCAGCUGAUGAUGAGCUGAAUGGCUGGCGUAGUUUAUCUGCUGAUAUUGAAGGAAGGCAGAGAUUAGUAUCUGAGAUUCAGCAAGUGUUGAAUGCAAUGCGCAGGAUUGAGAAUCUAAGAGCAGAGGAUUAUAUGAUGCUGGAUCCUUUCAUAAAUGGGGUGGGCGAGUUUCAGGACAGGCACAGGGACAUGAGACUUGAUGUUGACAACAUGUCGUAUGAGGAGCUGUUGGCAUUGGAAGAACAGAUAGGAAAUGUGAGCACUGGGUUGAAUGAAGAAACCAUUAUGAAGGAUAUGCAACAGAGGAAGUUCAUGUCCCUCGACUCCUCACUGAACUCGGAACCUUGCUGCGUAUGUCAGGAGGAAUAUGUAAUAGGAGAUGACAUUGGGACACUGGAAUGCGGGCAUGAUUUCCAUAGGAACUGCAUAAAGCAGUGGCUGACGAUGAAGAAUGUUUGCCCUAUUUGCAAAAUGACUGCCUUGGGGAGAUGAUGACGAUGACGACGAUGAGGAGGAUUAUUAAAAUAAUUAUUAAUAAUUAAUAAUAAUGAUAAUAAAUAAUAUAUUUAUAUUAUAUGAUAUUAUAGCUUUGGAAAACCUGCUUAUUUUCUUCAUGAAAGAAGAACUGGUUAAACUUGUUCAAUUUCUUUCAUCCUUAAAAAAUUGAUGACAAUUUGGUAUGCAAAUCCUGGGCUC